GGAGAGGGAAACGGUGAUAGCGAGAUCCAGACUGUCUUACAAUGUUGGCAGCACAACAGCGCGCUGCUCUCAAACCCCAGGAGCAAUACCAGCAAGUCAGCACCAACACGGUGUUGGGGACAGAUGAAGACAACAUGGGGGAUGUUUGUCCUCAAAAGCUGGGAUCAGUCAAGCACCUCCGCCUCCUGCUGUUAAUACUCAUUCCAUGUGUCAGCGCUUUCAUCUGUGUCCUGGUAAUCCUCUUGGCGUUUGUAGGUACCUGUAACAACUUAAGUUACAGUCUGUGUGAAAUACUGCCCUAUAAUCAGACUACUAUACCACCCUAUCUUUCAAACUACAGCAACACAGACAUGGAAAUGUUCAUCCACUUCUUCAGUCAGCUUAGCCUUUUGCGCUGCUAUCAACAUAUCAUGCUGUUUGGUUGCAGCAUUGCUCUCCCAGAGUGUUGGCUGGACCCAGAUUCUUCAGCAGUGAUUCUGCCGUGUAUGUCGUUCUGUGAGGCUGCGAAGCAAGGCUGUGAGCCAUUAUUGCAACAAGUGGAGGCUGGGUGGCCAGAAGUCCUCAAAUGCUCCAGAUUUAUCAAUGAUACAGGAAUGGAAAACACCAGCAAGAUAUGCUUCUCACCCCAGCAAGAGGAAAGGAAAAGGGUGGGAUGUGGACAACUGGACAAAUUCUUGUGUGGCAGUGGAUUCUGUAUCCAAAGGAAGCUGUUGUGUAAUGGUUACAAUGAUUGUGAUGACUGGAGUGAUGAGGCAGACUGUGCUUGUAGCCAAGGGCAGUUUCAGUGUGGCACUGGCAAAUGUAUCCACCAUAAUAACACUUGUGAUGGCUACGAUGACUGCGGGGACCUGAGUGAUGAACUAAACUGUGCUUGCAAGAGCCAGGGUCUGAUGGAAUGUAGUAAUGGUCGAUGUAUUCCAAGCAUUUUCCACUGUGAUGGUGAGAAUGACUGUGAAGACUGGAGUGAUGAACUGAACUGUUCCAAAACCCAUGAUCAGAACUCUUGCAAGGAAGGGAAUGUAUCUUGUGCUGAAAAUUCCUGUACAGACACCUGCAAUGGCUCUAGUUGUGCAGUUCACGACAGUAGAACAAACUGCAGUAAAUGUGAGCCCAUUACUCUUGAGCUCUGUAUGAAUCAGCCAUACAACUUCACCAUCUACCCUAACUACCUGAGUCACCGGGACCAGAAAGAGGCAUCAAUUAGCUGGGAAUUUUCACUCUUUCCGAACCUUGUUCAGACGAAUUGUUACAAGUACCUCAUGUUUUUUGCGUGCAGCAUCCUUGUACCAAAGUGUGACUAUGAGACUAAUCAACGGGUCCCACCUUGCAGAUCCCUGUGUGAAGACUCCAAAAAACAUUGUGAGACUGUACUGAGUAUGGUUGGACUGCAGUGGCCAGAGGACACUGAUUGCAAACAGUUCCCCAGAGAAACCUCUGACAAUAGGACAUGUCUGAUGCCUGAUGAGAAUGUGGAAGAGUGCUCCCCAAGUCAUUUCAAGUGUAAAUCAGGGAGAUGUGUCUUGGCAUCAAAAAGGUGUGAUCGACGACCAGACUGUGAUGAUUUUAGCGAUGAGGAAGCAUGUGGUUGUAGUGAGAGAGGACUGUGGGAAUGCGCCAUUGACAAGACCUGUAUCGACCAUACAAUGAUCUGUGAUGGCUUCCAGGAUUGUGUUGACAAAGCAGAUGAAAAGAAUUGCUCGUCUUGCAAAGGCAAUGAGGUAGUCUGUGUUAACCAUGCCUGUGUUCCCCGUCACGCUUGGUGUGAUGGGAGGAACGAUUGCCCUGAUGGCUCAGAUGAAUGGAACUGUGUGUCACUGGUGGACAGUCCAGCUUCCUUAUCGCAGCUAGUUGUGCACAGGUCGACUUUUGACUAUCACAUAUGUGCUGAUGAUUGGCAGGAUGAGCUCAGCCAGCUGGCAUGCAAGCAGAUUGGUUUAGGUGGCCCUCCAGUGACUCAAAUAUUGUCAGAAUUCAACCAAACACAACGUAGAAAGUGGUUACGCCUGAUUUCUAAUUGGCAAACAAAGAAUGUUUCCACUCUACAGGCCUUAUUACUAAAAGGGCAGGUGUGUCGAAGUAAAAGCAAGGUAUCGCUGCUCUGCACCAGGGAAAACUGUGGUCAGCGCCCGGCAACUCGACUAAAUAAACGAAUUCUCGGAGGCAGAACUAGUCGCCUGGGCCGCUGGCCUUGGCAGUGCUCACUGCAGAGUGAACCUAGUGGGCACAUUUGUGGCUGUGUACUGAUUGGACGCAAAUGGGUGUUGACGGUGGCACAUUGCUUCGAAGGCCGUGAAAAUGCAGCUGUCUGGAACGUUGUUUUUGGUAUCAACAAUCUGGACCAUCCAUCUGAAUCUACGCAGACUCGGAAAGUGAACCGGAUUAUCUUACACCCCCGCUAUAACCGAGCAUUUGUUGAUUAUGACAUCAGUGUGGUGGAGUUACAUGAAGAAAUCAUCGAGACCAGUUAUGUCCGACCUGUCUGUCUACCCAGAAAGAAUCAAGUAGCAGAACCAGAUACUUACUGCUUCAUAACAGGUUGGGGGCACACUGGCAACAGAGUUCCAUUCAAACUCCAGGAAGGGGAAGUCCGCAUUCUCUCACCUGAUCGUUGCCAGUCAUACUUCGACACUAAAACAAUUACUUCACGAAUGUUAUGUGCAGGCUAUGAACCUGGAACAGUGGACUCUUGCAUGGGUGACAGUGGAGGACCUCUGGUUUGUGAACAACCUGGCAAGAGAUGGAUAUUAUUUGGUUUAACAUCUUGGGGAUCAGUGUGCUUCACGAAACUCAUUGGACCUGGUGUUUACAGCAAUGUAACUCAUUUUGUUGAAUGGAUUGAAAGGCAAAUCUACAUCCAUACAUUUUUAUAAAUGCAUCAAAUGCCAGUGAACAGCAUCGGAAAUUAAACCUCAAAUAGCAGAAACCUCAAGAAGCAGAAAUGUGGCAGCUCUCAAAGACUGCAAAAUUAUCGACAUGAUCAUUCCCCUUAGCAAGCACCACAUCUCCCAUCCCCAUUCACUGAGUGUUCAACAAUGUUAUUCAUAAGGAAUAACCACACCAAACUGCUCUCAAGGUGAUGGUUUCAAAUCUCUGGGUUGUUAUGGGAACAAUUGUUGUUAAAAUGUCACUAAAUAAACUCCAUAUUUCUGAGAAAUGUUUAUCCCAGUACAUAAUGCACCUAUCAACCACUGCUCCCUUUUGAAAUUUUGCAGCACAUACAUUCCAAAGUUUUACAAGCAUGGAAAGACAUGAUUAAAUUCUUCUGGAAAGUGAGGUCAGCAUUUGUUGUUCAGAUUGUUUGUGGACAGAAUUUUUUUGCUACCUCUAACUUGAGUAUUUGAGAAAGCUGCUUCUGCAUUCUCCAUGACACUGCCCCACACUGAGGAUGCUGAUGAGAGAAAAAUUUAUUUCACAUUUUACAGAACUAUUUCUAGGAUGGGUUUAGGUUGCAUCAGUGUGUAACUGUGAGCCAAAUGUAUUGGAGUUCUAGAUGCGUUUCUACAUAAC